AUGAUGUUUUGCCGAUUUCUAACCUUUGAAGACUAUAUGAGGAAGCUAGAUGUUGUCAAUCGUGGAUAUGGUGGCUAUUCCACAAGUGAGGCUAUUCAUAUCCUUCCUGAGAUUCUUUCUGCAGAGACCUCUGAUCUUUCCAAAGUCAAACUGCUAACCAUAUUCUGGGGAACCAAUGAUGCCGUUGAUACUUUUCAGCACGUCCAGAUUGACCAGUAUCGUGAAAAUAUUGAUAAGUUGGUUAAGCUCGCACUUUCCUACGAUAUCAAACCGAUCGUGAUUGGUCCUACACUUCAUGACCCAAACUUGUAUAACGAGAACUACGUUUCGGGCCGUUUUCUCUAUGCCGAUACUGCCACCUCCACCAAGAAUAAGAUUUACUCGGAAGCAGCUCGUGAGGCAGCUACUGCCAAUGGCGUGCCAUUCGUGGACCUGUGGCAUCUGUUUCUGGAAUAUGGAUCAUGGCAAGAAUCUGAAGCAGACGAUCUGAAAGGCAAGGACACUGCUGAAGGGAAGAGUAUCACCGAUUUGUUAGCCGACGGUAUUCAUUUUGCACCUGAAGGCUAUCGAAUUUUGUAUGCAGGGGUUGAUGAGGCAAUACGUAAGAACUACCCCGAAUUGUACUGGGAUAACCUGCCCUCACAUUUGUGUGCAUGGGAUAAAAUCGACAAAAAAAAUAUCAAAGAGUCGGUUUUUCUGGGGGAGAAAGUGUGA